AUGUCAGCACACUCCAGCUGCUCCGGAUGUGGUCCUGGUUACAGCACACCCCUGGAGGCCAUGAAAGGACCUCGGGAGAAGAUCGUGUACCUGCCCUGUAUCUACAGAAACACUGACAUCCUCAAACCCGAUUAUCUGUGCACAGUGGACGUGGACCCAGACUCCCACACCUACAGCCAGGUGAUCCACCGGUUGCCGAUGCCAAACCUCCGUGACGAGCUGCACCACAGCGGUUGGAACGCCUGCAGCAGUUGCUUCGGAGACGCGUCUAAAACCCGGGACCGCCUCAUUCUGCCCUCGCUCAUCUCCUCCAGGAUCUACGUCAUCGACACCAGCCAGGCCCGAGAACCUCGCAUCCACAAGAUGGUGGAGCCUGUGGACCUCUACUACAAGUGUGGCCUGGCGAACCCACACACGUCCCAUUGUCUGGCCAGUGGUCAGAUCAUGAUCAGCUGUAUGGGAGACCCCUCUGGGAACGGCAAAGGGGGCUUCGUGCUGCUGGACGGUGAGACGUUCGAGGUGACUGGGAACUGGGAGCACCCCGGGGAUGCGGUUCCGUUCGGGUACGACUUCUGGUACCAGCCGCGGCACAACGUGAUGAUGAGCACCGAGUGGGGGGCUCCACGGGCCCUGAUCCACGGGUUCGACCCCAAGCACGUCCAGCAAGGGCAGUACGGCCAGAGCAUACACGUGUGGGACUGGAGCAGCCGGCGCAAGCUGCAGUCCCUGGAUCUGGGGGAGGAUGGCGCUAUUCCCCUGGAGAUUCGCUUCCUGCACGAUCCUGACGAGGCCCAGGCCUAUGUGGGCUGUGCCCUGGGCUCCAGUCUGUUCCGCGUCUACAGGACAGAGAAAGGAGAGUGGGCAGCAGAGAAGGUCCUCACUAUCCCCAGAAAGAAGGUGGAGGGCUGGAUGCUGCCGGAGAUGCCAGGCCUCAUCACAGACAUCCUCAUUUCACUGGACGACAAGUUCCUUUACUUCAGUAACUGGCUCCACGGAGACAUCAGACAGUAUGACAUCACAGACCGCCGCAAGCCCCGAUUGGUUGGACAGAUUUUCCUGGGAGGAAGUUUGGUGAAGGAUGGUCCAGUCAAAGUGAUCCACGACCCGGAGAACCACGGCCAGCCGGAGCCUCGCGUCAUCAGAGGGAAGCGUAUCCCUGGAGCCCCGCAGAUGCUGCAGCUCAGUCUGGACGGACGCAGGCUGUAUGUGACCACGUCUCUGUACAGCGGCUGGGACAAGCAGUUCUACCCCGAGAUGCUGAGGGACGGCUCGGUCAUGAUGCAGAUCGAUGUGGACUCAGAGAAGGGCGGCCUCUCCCUCAACGACCGUUUCCUGGUCGACUUUGGCCUGGAGCCACACGGUCCGGCUCUGGCCCACGAGCUGCGUUACCCCGGGGGAGACUGCACCUCGGACAUCUGGGUCUAA